UGUUAUUGUUGUCACACAAAACAUAGUGUUAUUUAUUAUAAUAUUAUUAUUACUAUUAUUACUAUCGUUGACCACAAACAACAACAACAAUAACAACAUUGACUGUAGCUGUCAGUGCGGGUGUUUAAAACUAACUGUCCAUUUAGUUUAGUUGUUUGUUUUUGAUACCUGUGCUCUCCAAACAUAUCAACAACAAAAAACUGUUUGGUUUGGUUCCGGUGUUUAUAUGUUUAUAUCUAAGACUAUGACCAUCAGUGGUGUGACGACACCUAUAUAUAUGUUGUUUUGAUUUUUUUUGUGUUUGUUUUUCAUUUGUGACAGUUGUUGUUGAUGUAAAUGAUUGUCGGAUCAAUUGUAUAUCAUAUAUAUAAUGAUUGAUAUCUAUUUUUUUAGUAAAGCUAUUUUGUUGAUGUGAUAAUCAAAACCAAUCAAAUCACAAAUCAAAACAAAAGACAACAACAAAACAUUUUGUGUUUAUCCGCGCGAACUCAGGAAUAGCUGAAGACUGUUGUUGUCAUUGCCAUCGAAAGAGAGACUACUAUCUAAUUCAUAAACACAAAAGUGAUUUACUAUUAUAUCAAAUGAGACAUUGAGAACAAUAACGAAGAAUAUGUCGAUAUUAGAGAAACUAUCGGAGCAACAGCUCACUCGACAACCGGAGGAAGUGUUUGAUAUUUUAUGCAAAUUAGGCGAAGGAUCAUAUGGAUCGGUUUAUAAGGCGCUGCACAAGGAGUCUGGUCAGGUACUGGCCAUCAAACAGGUGCCCGUCGAGAGUGACUUAGGUGAAAUAAUCAAAGAGAUCUCAAUUAUGCAACAAUGCGACAGUCCUUAUGUUGUCCGAUAUUAUGGCAGUUACUUCAAAGGUUCUGAUCUCUGGAUUGUUAUGGAGUAUUGCGGCGGCGGAUCCGUGUCCGACAUCAUGCGAAUGAGGAAGAAGACACUGAGCGAAGACGAGAUAUCCACUAUACUUAGGGAUACAUUGCUGGGUCUCGAGUAUCUGCACCAACGGCGCAAAAUACACCGCGACAUCAAAGCCGGCAAUAUAUUACUAAACAGCGAAGGACACGCCAAACUCGCCGAUUUUGGUGUCGCCGGUCAGCUGACAGACACAAUGGCCAAACGUAAUACAGUGAUUGGGACACCAUUUUGGAUGGCGCCCGAAGUCAUACAGGAGAUCGGCUACGACUGUCUCGCAGAUAUCUGGAGCUUAGGAAUCACUGCACUAGAGAUGGCUGAAGGCAAGCCUCCGUACGGUGACAUUCACCCAAUGCGUGCCAUAUUUAUGAUACCGACCAAACCGCCGCCCUCUUUCCGCGACCCGGACCGCUGGUCGUCAGAGUUUAUAGAUUUUGUUCAGAAAUGUCUUGUAAAAAAUCCAGAACAACGGGCAACAGCCUCGCAUCUGUUGCAACACGAGUUCAUUACACGCGCGCCUCCCGUAUCCAUAUUGCAAAAUAUGAUUCAAGAGGCCCGACUCAUAUUACAAGAAAACAAUAUCCGUGAUGACAUGGAUGACAUCGACUCGUCAACAAUGAUACCGUCAAAAGAUACGACACUAAAACCGCCGCCAUUAAUGGAUCAGACAAUCAGUUCGUCGACAACCAAAACAGGUGUAUCGGAUGUAUCGUCUGAUUUGGGAACACUUAUUAUCAACGAUGAGACCGAUGAAGAAGACAUCGAUAAGACAUUGAAACCGGCAUUUCUCCAGCAUUUUGAACGCAACGACGCCAAAGCAGUAAAUAACAACAAUAUCAAUAAUAAUAAUAAUAAUAAUAUAAAUAUUAACAAAAAUAACAUAAACACCGGUCCCUCUGAUCUAUAUAACAAUCAGCAGUCGUCGUCAGCGUCGCAACAGUUAAGUCAUUCAUCAAAUAUCGGCCAAACGGUCGACGACUUGCAUGCCGGCGGCGGCGACACAACUAAUCACUACGAAAACAACUAUUCAAAUGUAACGUCCAGUGGUCAGCCAUUGACGCCACAACAACAACAACAAAAUAGUAGUAAUAAUAAUAAUAGUCCACAAUAUCAACUACUGAUGGGACAAUCACCGCACGCCAGUCCACUGUCUUCCCCGUAUAAUCCGAUGACUAGAGCCAUACUAUUGGAAAGUGAUUUUGAGUUCCUGCGAUACCUGUCCACCGACGAACUGAAGGCCCGAAUGGCCAAUUUGGACGUCGAAAUGGAGGCCGAAAUCGAAGAGCUUAGGCGCCGAUACGCCACUAAGCGUCAGCCGAUACUCGACGCUAUGGACAACAAAAAGAAAAAACAACAAAACUUUUAAUCGGAUCGUUGUUUUGAUUGGAAGUCAUUUGAUUAUACAAUUUAUAAAAGACAUUAUUAGUGAAUAUAUUAUUAUUAUUGUGUUUUUAGGCGAAAAAUUAGUUUAUUAUCAGUUUA